UCAGGAUCGGCUGUCGCAAUGAUAGGGGUAGGUGCUAACCUGCGUUUCGGUAGCAGCGCGAGCAACGCCAGUGCCAACGCUACCAAAGUAUUCCAAUGUCAUCCCGGAGGCACGACAGAAGCAUUGCUUAUAUUCGCCCUGGCCGCAAUGGGGAUGGCCGCAAACAUUGCUCUCAUGGGUGUCAUUCUAGGAAACCGGCAACUGAGAAGAUGGACCCACGGUCUUCUGUUCCAUCAGGCAGCCGUCGAUUGUGCCAGAGCUGCUCUCUUGAUGCCGCUCGGUGUAUCGAUAUUCAAAUGUCAACCGGUACAAAAAUGCUCGUUGGUCGAAACAGCCUUCCUUUUACUCGUCACGGUUGCCACCGUCAAUAUGCUUACUACUGUUUUAAAUGACUCGCCAAUUUUUCCGGACGACGAAGACGAGUCUUCGUCAGCCGACACCGCUGCACCCUUGCUCAUGGACUCUCCGCAAUGUGUUCUUUUUGGAACCUUCAUGAUCUGGUUCGCCUCCAUCACUAUCAAUUUAGGACCCACCUUCUUAUCUGGUGCACUGGCUGCCCAGGCAGAAUUAGGCCACAAUGCUCCUUCGUGUCCUUUAAUCCACGGACCCCUGCGCCACUACGUCCUGAACGUCUUGUGGAUUGCGGUUAACCUGAUUUGUGUGCUGCUCACCCUCUUUCAUUUACGCAAACUGCACCGCGACCUGACCAAAGCUAAUGUAGAGGCAGUAAGGGUUGCAGGGCUGAUCACGUCCUUAGUCAAUAUUACAGACAACAAUGGCACAAGAGUUGCCAACUCCACCGGUGAACAGACUUCUUCUGCUUUACAAGAACAGCGAAGGAUGCGAAAUUACUUGCGAAAAAUGGAACAGGAAGGUGUACAAAGGGUGAAAAUGUUCCUGAUAAUUACUGCCGCUUACGUUCUAUUUUGGGGGCCACUAUUUUUUAUUACUUUAGUACAUCAUCCAGUUAUCGGAAAUCCAUUAGGAUACGAAAUAGCUCUUCACAUAUCAUACGUUCACGCAAUUGUAAAUCCGACCCUAUUCCUGGUAUUGCAUAAAGGUUUACGUCAAGCUACUAUAGACCUUUGCUGCGGGUGGUUGCCCAUGUGGCUGGCACCCAUGAGUGUUCCCCCACCCCCUGACCCACCCAGAGCAGCCGACAUAUCAUUACUGAAAUCGUCCCUGCCGACGCCAGCACAGCCAGAAAGCUCUAUGGGAGACACCGAUCUGAACCCUUGGAUUCCCGAAUCUGUUAACGGAGGCAUACAAAUUCCCCAUUUCUCGAGCCCUGCACUGGGAUCAUCGCCCGAAAACGAAGAAAUUUAAGAACCACGGAAUAUAAGAAUACACGUUAAGAUUUGCAUUGGAAGAGCGAAAAAAGGACAAGAAAAACAGAAAAGCCGUAGCGUGUACUUUAUGCGACACCUACUUCCUGAAUAACAUGAUAUGUCUCAUGUAUGUAUUUAUAUUUAAAUCUCUAAAAUACAAUAAUACUAGAGUAUAGGUACCAUGUCAAUGUGAUACAAAAGCAUACAGUGAUAUACCACACACACCUACCUACAAUGAAUUCAAAAUGAAAAGCUUAAUUUUUACUUUCGAAGAACCAAUGGCCUAACUGAAAUCUAAUGUUUCCUAAACUAAUGAUUUUUAAAACGAAAAUUAGUACUAAUACAUUCGAGUCGAUCUUAAGUACAUCAUCGAUAAUCAUAGCUACAAACAUGCAUAGUAUAUAAACUUAUUUUAAACGUUUCCUACCGAACGAUAUUUUAAUAGGCAUUGUACAUAAAAGUCUUUCUCUUAUAAACCAAACACGUAUUAUUUAUCUAUCUUUUUUAAAUAUCGAAGAAACUCAAAAUUAAUUCACAAUAUGAUAAUAUGUAUAUGCGUACACUACUGUGUACGAUAAUGUUUUGUAGAAAAUAAUAAACUUGAAAAUUUUAUAUUCGUCAACGUAUUAUAUGAGUGCACGAAUUAAUUGUAAUACAAUAUAUGUAUAUUACUUGAGAAAUGUCCGACGUCUGUACCAUAAUUUCAAGGUAGAAGAAAACAUGAUAGACUAAUUUUAUGAUAUUCCUUAACAUAAACGUCAGCCUAAUGCAAAUAUUAUUUUUAUAUUGUUACGCUUAUUUUUCUUUUUACGAAAAUACUGAAUAAAUAAAUCAUUUAUGCUUUGUUUCUUUCUCGUUGGAGCUAAUAAUUGUAACUAUUUCUGUUAAAAAAAUGAUAUCACCCAGAAAAUCAUAAAAAUAAAUACCUAUAAAUGAAUA